AAAGAGCGCACGCACGCACACAUACAUACAUCGGCAAACGACACGCCAUAUUGAAUCCGAGGUCCGCGCUAGUGUGUGUGUGCGCGUUAAUUUUCGCGUAUCCGGCCAUUACCAGCAGCGGCACACAGAGCGCGGGCGAGAGACGGACACAAACAGCCGCAAAAGUUUCGUUGUCGUCGACAAGUACGCGCCCGUCGGGUCAGUGUCGUCGGCCGCCGUCAACUUGGACGUGAAAAAUUAUACUUGACGUGGUUAUUGACUGUUCGUCCCUCGACGGUCGAGUGAUACUCGUUCGUCAUUAGUGUGGUAAUUAAUUUUGGAGCCAUUGUAUCGUAUCGCACGCCACCGGGCCCAGUGUCUCAAUACGCGACCGCAAUCGAUCCAUUGGCGUCCUUAAUUGACCCUCGUUGUCGAUACGCUCAGGUAUUGUACGCGGUGUGUGCUGUCGUUUUGUGUGCGUUUUUCGACGGGUCUCCGAAGUGGUUGGUGUGUGAUGAUAAAAGGCGACGCCGGUCGACUAGACGUGUGCGGCGACCAUUAAUUGUUGAACGCGGUUGGUGAUCAACGUCGACGAUGACGGCUGUCGUUACCACUACCGCCACAGCCACUUCGGUUGUUAUCAAUAUUCCAGUGUUGUUAUGAUGUCGGAAUCACAACAUUUUCACGAAUAGUGCCCGAACACAAACAAACGUUGUGGAUAUUUAAUAUAGCUAUUGUUUGACCAUCACCCGAAAAAUUAAUCGGUCGUUAAGGUAGAAAAGCGAAAUAUUAUGGCUACUCAGAUGGAAGUUGACGAUGAUGUAGUUGACUUAAGCAUAUCUAGUCGUUCAAAUCAGAUAUCAAGAGAUGAACCUUUAUCUUUAAAAAUGGGUCAAACAGAUGAUGGUCAUAGCCAUAUGAAUGGGCAUAUAGCCAAUGGUUUUUCAAUAGGUGAGGAUUCUUCAGAAGAAAGUGACGAUGAUACGCUAUUAGAACUUCCUCCGUCUCCAAAGGAUGUACUAACUCCUGAAGUACUGUCUGAGAGGGAGCAACUCAUUCGUGUAUUAAAAGAAAAUCUUCGUACAGAAGAAAUGACAUUGGUGUUAUUGAAGAAAUUACAACAAUCUCAACAAGUUAGUCAAAUUACUCAAAAUGUUAGUAUUACACCACAAGCAGCUCAUACAAAGGAUCAUUCAAACUUGCUGUCACAACUGCCCACUGGCAAAUCUGCUCAACCACCGCUACCCCAUGUGCCUCAUCAUUCUAAACCGCCUCCUCCACCUUUGAAUCGCCUACCUUCAUCAUCAAGAUCUAAUUUACACCAGUCUCACCAUUCUACAAGCCCUUUGAUAAAUUCAGGUAGAUUAUCUAGUAAUGGUGUACAGAACUUACAGAGAUCCAAUGGUAGAGGAUCUCAAAAUUCUGGUCAUUCGCCUUCAGUUACAUUAGAGAGAGUCAUGAAAGAUCAUCACUCAACAAAUCAUUCUCAAGAACGAAUAAGAAAUGAUGAUGGACAAACGCCUGCCCAAAGACAGGCUGCGGCUAAAUUGGCUUUGAGAAAACAACUGGAAAAAACACUUUUACAGAUACCUCCUCCAAAACCACCUCCACCAGAAAUGCAUUUUAUUCCAAAUCCAUCAAAUACUGAAUUCAUUUAUCUGCUUGGAUUAGAGCAUGUUGUGGACUUCAUAACUAAUGGUGAAACAAUUGAAGCCAGUGUACCCAAAGAACCAUACAAAUGUUCACAGUGUGAAUCAAAUUUCACUCCUGUGUGGAAAUUAGAAAAACCAUCAAGAAGUAAAGAUUCUAAAAUAAUUUGUGAGCUGUGUGUUACUAGUAAUGUUAAGAAAUCUCUUAAAGCUGAGCAUACAAAUCGACUUAAAACAGCUUUUGUAAAAGCCUUGCAACAAGAGCAAGAAAUUGAGCAAAGGCUUGCACAAGGCUCUCCUCCUUCAUCUGUGUCGCCAGCACCGGCACAUCCUAUUCAGGUUAAUCCACCCAUGCCGUCCAUUCCCAAACCAGCCCCAGCUCCUAAGCGUAACCCUACACCACCCCAGCCACAUAAGAUGCACCCAUCGGAUCCUACAGGAGGCAAAUUCAAUGCAGCUGCAGCACACUUGGCUCUUCAGCAACAAAUGUUUAGAGGAUUAUCCCCUCAUCCAGCAGCUGCUAUGUUACAGUUUGCUCCUCUCUUGUAUCCAUACCAGUUAGCAAUGGCACAAGCUGGAGGAAAAAACUCAGCUGCUGCGGUAGCUGCAAAUUUGGCUGAAUUGCAAAGACAGGCUGUUGAUUUACAAAGACAAUAUCUCAUGGAAAUGAUGCCGCAACAAGGGCAGUCCAGAUCUUCAUCACAAACUCCUACAUCAGCUCACAAUUGGAAAUCAUGAUAAACAUUAUGUGAGCAUAUAUUUUCUAUUAUUUACUUUGCAAUGUGAUUUUUAUUACUCAUAUUAGUGUAAAAAAUAAGAAACUGCACUCCUACUGGACUACAUUUCUCUAAGGGAUAGUGUUCCUCAUAUCUGUAAAACAAGUGGUAUUAAGAGAGUUUAAAUUAUGCAUUCCACCACAGCACAUGUAUAAAAGUUGUGCAAUAAAAAUUAACACAUUUGUUAUAUUUUUAGUAAUAAAACAAAUCUCUUGGAUUAAGGAACAAUAUUGGGAGAAAUCUUUAUUAUUAUUGUUGUCUAGAAAUUAUAAAUGAAAUUAUAAAAAAUAAUUGUGUUAAUUUGCAGUCAUUGUGCUCUAAAUUCAAUUUAUAGUUAUUUUUCAUUUUUGACUUUCAAUUAUUAUUAUUAUUAUUAUUAUUAUUAUUAUUAUGUUUUUGAAAAUCAUACUUGUUUUUAAACAAUAUGUUUUUGUUUGUACAAAAUUAAGUGUACAAAAUCACCUCAUAGCAAACCUAUUGUUUACAAUUGUUCAUUUAUUUUGUAAAUAUGAUGAAUUAUACCGUUUAUAAGUGUAUGAAUAUUUAAGAAAUAUAAUAAGAGCUAUGUUAUUAGUGCACUGGAUUCAAUUAUAAGUUUUUUUUAUAAAAUUACGUUAUAUAUAUAUUUUUUAUGUAUUAAGAAUUUCCUGAAUGUAUUUUUACUUUAAAUAAAAUCGUUGUACGUUUUAGUCAA